CCGGUCCGAAGUUUUGCACGUGUGGAAACUUACAUCAGACAUCAGUUGAAAACUUAUAAAAAAUUUCCCCAAGUGGAGGAGAUCGCGUACCUUCUUGAUGUCCUGGUUAUUUGGAGUUAACAAGCCUCCCCCACCUGGUGAGGGGCCUCCGUUGAUCCCGGGUUCUCCGCCGGGAGGAGACGAUAAAAGUGGAGGAGAUGAAGGAUCGAAGGAUGACAACUCAGAGAAUGAAGGCGCCAAAGGUGCCCCUGUUUGGAGAAGCUUCGAUCCGUCGGGUCUUGAAAGGGCUGCUAAAGCUGCAAGGGAACUCGAGAAAUCACGUAAGUGUGUUGAUCUGACGUCUAGAGACAACUUGCUGGCGAUCUUUUUGGUACACAAUAUAGUGACUCGUACUCGUGGCAGAAAAAUAGCUGAUGUUUUAGUUACGAAUAAAGUUCGAUGUGACUCAGGAGUGAUAUUGCAUUACUCUUGAAUCCCAACACGAUAGCUAUUUAAGAUUCGAUAAGUAAGAUUGCUUCUGUCAGCGAGAGGUUUUAUGUCAAAUGUUUCACAUUUAUUUACCCAUCGGUCUUAAUCAACAGAUUUUAUCCCUAUCCCCACCCCUGCCAUGCCUCCACCCUUCACCCUCAUAAUUUCUGUAUGAUUUAUGCAAUGCAACAGCUCCCUCAUAAUAGCAUAACUGGCAUUUCAGCUGACUGAUGUCACAAUAAAUUUCUAUAUUUGUAAGACUGUGGCACAAUGGUUACAAGUCACCUAUUAAUAUAGAGUAAGGGGAUUAAAAACUGCAGUGACAUCACAAAAUCCACUUAAAUGACCAAAUGAGUAAACGGAAAAUGUUCCAAGUCCAAUUUAAGAAUAGCUGAUGGCACAACCACAAAUAUAUCAACUCAGAUAUGUAUAUCACCAGUAUCAAUGAACUAAAUGCAUGUCCACUGAGGUCAAACAAAAGUUUUUGUUCAUUGAAUAUAGUCUGCAGUGUUGUUGUCCUGUUAGAAAGCAAGGACCCGGAGCCUAGGCUUUAACAAAAGAGGUUUCCCUUUUGGUUUAAAAUAAUUUUUUACUAUCUUAGAUUUUUUUGGUAGAGGAUGGUUGAGGAAGGAAAAAAAUUUCCACCAAGGGGAAGAAUAAAAGACAAGGGAAGGGGAGGGUGAGGAAAGAAUUUGUCUCCUCCCCUGGUCUGGAGAAAAAAAUCACAGACUUGUGAUUCUAACUUGCCUUUAACGAUUAGACCUUUGUAUUGCAACCUUGAGCAGUGUUAUAAUAGGGCUCAUUACAAGUGAAAAUAAGAAAGAGUCUUCCCAUAGGCAUACAAGCAUACCUGCCUGAAAAAGAAAUAUUUCGUGAAAAGGAGGCCUUUUGGAGAGGUAGGUGAGAAACUAAGAGGAGAAGAUAGACUAAUUCUAUAACUGCACAUUUUAGAUCACUCGAAGGAGGCUCUUGAGAUGGCAAGAGUUCAGGAAGCAACAAAGCAAUUGGAGCAACAGCGUAAAAUUAAGGUGAAUAAAUUUUAUUGAUACUUUACAUAGGGAUCUGAGCAAAAUGAUGAGUGUGCAUUGUUUGUCUAUUUUUCUUUUGGUCAAGUGGUGUUUUGACCCAUUAACCUUUGACUCCCAAGAUCUGAUUCUAGCUGCUUAAGACAUUUCCUCGUUAGUUAGCCAGGGAAAUAUCUUGUUAGAUCAAGAUAACUUUUACCUGAUAGGUUUGAGUAUUCUCAUCACCUGUUUGUUUGACAGUAUAGAGAUAUCAUGAGGAGAACUUACUUUUAAUCCCCCAUUGGACUUAAAGAGUUAAAGUUAUCAAGUCCAUUUAUAGCUCUAGGGGUCUUAAGGGUAUAUGGUAAUUUUUGCAUCUCAACACCCAUCUUGGUUUACUCAUUUUCCAUUAUUUUUCCAUAUUAAGUAUGUCCAAAACUUGAGGCAGCUGCAGAUAUUCAUGUUGUAAACUUUGAAAAAGUUUCAGUUACAUUAGAAGAAAUGGUCUGAUUAGUACCCCAACAAACCCCUCCCCCUCAGAAGGAGAGGCUCUCCUGCCCCACCAGGCUAGGCUUGAGUAAUCCAAACGUUUCACUCAGAAAUGAUUAAUAUGUAAAUUUUCCCUGCAUUGCUGGUGCACUUCCUCAUAAAGAAUUGAUGAGAAAAGAUAAAUUUAUCAUUUGUAGGUUGUUGGAUUGAUACAACACCAAAUUCUCGAUGCUGAUCAGAGGAAAUCUAUAGAAAAUAGAAAGGAGAAUUACAAAUGAAAUCUCGGGAAUUGAGGAGACUUGAUCUGAGUAGCUUUCAUUGAUUUACAGGAAUAUGAAGCAAGCAUCCAACAGAUACAAAUGGACAAAGUGAGAGUGGAACAGGAGGAAAAGAGAAAAACCCUUGCAGCAGAAACUCAACAACAUCAACAGGUUAGUAACAAUAAUUUAACCCCUGCCCAGUAUCUCACCCAAACCCCUUCCUCCUGGACAUCUCAAGCUCCUGACUAAUAUUAAUAAAAUCCCUGAAAUCUUCAACCCUAAAAACCAGCACAUCAGUAUGCGUAGAUGUUUUCUCCCUACUGUUCUGCACACAUUUCCUAAGGUGCUGACAAGGAGAAUUUGUUUGACAAUCAAGAGCUUCAGUAGUUUGUGAUCAUUUCCUUUGUUCUCAUGACCCUUAAUGUGUUGAUCAGGGGUGAUAUCAUUAAGAGAAAUUAGAUGUCAAUCACUUUUAGGGGACAAAGGGUUAACCCUCUUAGGCUAGUAUCUCAAAACCCUCCUAUGUUUUUAACAUGAUAACUUUUUUAAUAUCCCAAUAUUUACCAUCUUUGCUACAGUUCAAGUUGAUUUUGGCUCAACCCUUUUGAAGAAACUAAUUAUCUUUUAUUUGCUUGUUCAUCAGCGUGCUCAGUACCAAGACCAGCUAGCAAGGAAACGUUACGAUGAUCAACUUUCACAACAGGUAACAUACAUAUAGGCCAUCAUUGAGGGUGAAGCAGGGGCUACCUUGACUGCAGGCCCCUUUCCAUAGUUUUUCUAGUUUAAACUUUACAUUCAGUAUUUAACUGACAAGUUAACAAAGUUAAUCAAUAGGGUCUUGGAAAGUAAUCUUGGUCAACUAUGUUGUUUCUUGCUUUGACUUGUGUCACAUUACAAAUGACAUGAACCCUUUUCAACCUAACACUUGUUUCUAAAUUCUCCAUUCUCUUCUCCAUUCAAUUGGUUUGGUACUGACAAGGAGAAUUUGUUUAACAAUCAAAACUUCUUAGGUUGAUGAUCAUUUCCUGUAUUCUCAUGAUCUUAAUGACUGAAUCAGCAGUCUCACUGUAAGGAGAAAGUAGAUGCUGGUUGCUCUUAACAUUUAUGGGAUUAAUUAAUGGAUACCAGGGAAGUAAGAAAUACAUUAUUGAAAGUGAUGCCAUUUUUUGUAGAUAUUAACAAUUUGAAAAAUAUUCUUUUAGCGUCGUAUGAAUGAAGAAAAUUUAGCUAAACAGGAAGAGUCAGUGAAGAAACAAGAAGCCAUGAAAAGAGGUACAUAAGGCUGUUUUCAUAAAAUAAACAUAGUUAAUUUGCUUUGAAACAAAGAUUAGACAUUUCAUUUGACGUUUUAUCUUUGCAAACUUAUCAGUUUAAAAAUUUUUCUGGAAUUCAAGCUUUAAUCAAACAAAGUUUACUAUUUGCUCUGAUGUGGGCCAAGGCUCAAAAUGUCAGCUUUGAAACUCUUUUCAGUGGCCAAUUUACAUUAUCAAGUUGAAUGCAGUUGAUAAAACAAAAACUGCCUUUAAAUAAUCCCCGCCAAUGCAGCCCCACAGUUUUAAGAAACUAACCCCCUUCAUUCAAUGGUUACUGUGAUAUUCAGCAAUGCAUUUAUCACACAACCCACAAUUUAUUUUUUAAACUGAAUUGAUAAUUAUACCAGAAUGGUCCGUGAUAGUGGCCAACUCUAACAAGACUUUGGUUAAAUAAUAGUAUGUUACUACAAUCUAUAUUGAUCAUCUCAUUACAUCCCCUUUGCAGGCACAAUUGAAUAUGAAGCCCAGAUAAAACAUGACAAUGAAAUGAAAAGACUGGAAGCAGAGCUCCGUGGCAAGUAAGUGAUAAAUCAGUUUUCUAAAUUUCUAAGAAAGCUAUAAUGUGUUCCUUCUAAAUUACCAGCUUGGAGGGAGUGAGCUUGGGUGGGGCUCUGGAGUGGAUAAUUUUUUAUUAUCUGAAAGAAGAAAAAACUAAAAUAAAGGGUUUGUUAAAUUCUGUAAGCCUUUAUGCCUUUGAUGAUACCUUUGUACCUCUCUUCCUUCCAGCAUGUCUUCGCCUGACUCUGAAAAUGUCUGAUUCUGUCCCUUUUUGCAGUUGACAUUCCCCAAACCCUUCAACUCUUGCGAGUGACUAAGACAGAAUUUCUCCUUACGUUAUCAACACAAUAUCAAGAAGACAAGUGAUGAGAAUAAACAAAAAUAUCAAUUAGGGGAUCAAUAGUUGAUCCACUAUCAUAUUUCCCAAACUAACAUCAUAAGAAUUUUAUGGAAGACAGUAAGGAGAAUUACUAAUGAGAUCUUGGGAAUGGGAGAGUUAACCCUUUACACCCUAACAUCAAUAUCCAUAUUCUCCAUACUCUCCUCUAUACAUUUUCUCCAGUACUGACAAAGAGAAUUUGUUGAACAAUCAAAGACUCUCCAGUUGGCGAUCAUUUCCUUUGUUCUCAUGAUCUUAAUGAAUGAUUCAGAUAUAUUACUGUAAGGAGAAAUUAGAUGCUGGUCACUCUCAGGGUUUAAAGGGCUUGCCUCGUUGGAACUGUCUUCAGUGAUCACCCAACAUAUCAUUUGACAUUAUAACUGGGAGCCAUCCAAAUUUUUGUCAAUCAUUAUAGUUCAUAAUUUUGCUUAAUUUUUUUUGUGUUCUCUUUACAAAAAUAUGUACACAAUUAAAUGAAUUGUGGAUAGAUUGAUAAAGUGAUUGACUAAUUAAUGACUGAUUGAUCGGCAUACCCAUUAUUUUCAGAGCUAAAAUAGAACGUGAGAACAAGGACAUUAGAAUGGAACAGAUUAAACUUAAAGCUGCGGAGCAAAGAGAGACUGUUCUGCAAUCAAUCAAGUAAGUGCCGAUUAUGCACUUUGUCAGGGAUUCUGGAUAAGAGAGAAAGUAAAUUUAGAGCCCAGUCAUCAAAUAAAGAAAGAUGUUAUUCAUUAUGAUACACAUGUGGAACACAGAACAACUUUCUGCAUAUCCCAUAAUUCCUCAGGAAGAACACAGAAUAUGCAGCUUGGUUUCCCUGUAACUAUGUUCCAGUGUUACAGAUAGUGACUUAUUUUUGUUUUACAGGACAGCAGGUAGCAUCCUUGGAGCAGGAUUUGAUGCAUUCAUCUCAGACUGGGAUAAAAUAUCUGCCACGGUAAGACUGAUGCCUUCAUGUACACAUUUGUGAAUGACUUAUGAAGUGGAUUCAGUGGUGAACACCCCCAAAGGGACUCUCCUUGUCCACCAUUUCCUGGUCAGAUUUGAAUAAGAAAGGUUGAGUUUUGAUACAGCAGGAAAAACCAAAGGAUCCAGGGGAAAGUUUUUCUAUCAAGGAGAAGAACCAAUAACAUCCUCUGCCCAGAUGUGACUGUGGAUCUUUUAAAUCACACUCCAAGGUGCAACAGAGGGAGGCAAACACUUUCACCACUUCCCUAUCCCUUGUACCUUAUGUACAGCUCUUGGGGUAGAUUAGUGGAAUUUCAGUUGUCUGAGUCAUUGUUAUAUGCCUCUUUUUGCAGGCUGCAGGCCUCACCCUCCUUGCUCUUGGCGUUUACACCGCUAAAUAUGGCACAGGAGUCACAGCCAGGUGGGACAUUCUGCACACUUUACUUACAAACCCUUUGAACCCUACAAGUGACUAGCAUCUAAUAUAUUCUUACAGUAUCACCCCAGAAUCGCACAUUAACGUUACAAGAAUAAAGGAAAUUAUCGUCAAGUAAAGAAGCUCUUGAUUGUUAAACAAAUUCUCUUUGUUUGCACAUGAGGAAAUGUAUGGAGAACAGUAUAGAGGAUAUACUUACUGAUGUUAGGGUAUAAAGGUUUAAAUCAUGUCAACUACCAAACUCCUUUAUUAUUUUUUUCUUUGCAUUUAUAGAUUCAUUGAAGCUCGCUUAGGGAAACCAAGUCUUGUUCGUGACACAUCAAGAUUAAGUGUUUUUGGUACUUUGCGACACCCAGUUCAGGUAAUAAAACCAGGACUUUCUCCUUUUUUUUCCUCUUCUUUGGUUUUUAGCUAUGCCAGGAUGUGCUAACUCUUAUAAUUUGUUUACUUUCCAGACUGUUAGGAAAAUGUUUGUAAAUUAUGAAGACUCAUUGCAAGGAAUUAUUUUGAGGGUAAAUAAACGUUACAUUUGGUCAAUGGCUGAACUUGUUGAUAAUUUGAAGGAUUUGAAGUGCUCCCAUCGUAAGCGAUAACAAUCUUUUCCUUAAUGAGGUUUUCAAAUAUUUUCUCGUUACAGCCCAGUCUUGAAAAGAGACUUCAAGAAGUAAGCAAAGCAACAGCGAAUACUAAGAAAAACAAAGGACUGUACAGGAAUCUACUGUUUUAUGGUCCACCAGGGACUGGAAAAACGAUGUUUGCAAAGGUGAGAAGACUAGAUUUCAGAUCGUAAUUAAAAAUUUGAAUAGUUAUGAAGAACAACUUCCUGAAAAGACCUGUCGGCCGACAGUCAGCCAACAUCGGGCAGACAGACGGCCAGCCCUUUUUAUAAGUGAUUCAACGUUUACAGAGUAGCUUCAUCUAUUCCGCUCUUAGAAAAAAGUCAUUUCGCUCUGACGUCAAUUUUCAAAGUUUGCUUAAGCGACUGCCUAAAUCAGCUUCAAGUUGAAAGAGUUUCUUUGGCUCGCCAGCGCAGCGCAGCGCAAUAGUUUCUUUUCUGGACUGGCGUAAGCUUUGCUCCAAAUCUCUUAAAGCUGCUGAUACCAGGGUAAAUUCUGGCGAGAUGGUCGUUUUGGCCAGUAAAGCAACUUGACUUUUUCACAUUAUAACUGAAAAUUCGAAUAUGAGCUCCGGAAUUUAAAUCCUGAAUAAGCUAUUGCUCCUAGAAAUUGAAAGCGAUUAAGCUAAUUGUUUUAGAAUAAAUCCACUUGCCUUUCAAAACUUAACGACGAGACAAGCUCGAGUGUCUACUGGAAAAUUAUGCAGAUACAACAUAUUUUUGGGAAACUCAGUCAAGUCACCAUCUAUCUCUAAAUAGAUAGCGAGUUGGUAGCCAAUCAGAGUGUAGCAUUUGUGACAGAACGCUUAUACUUAUUUGCACUUAUCUUCCAGAGCCUUGCCAAGCAUUCUGGGAUGGAUUAUGGUAUUAUGACUGGUGGAGAUAUUGUUCCUAUGGGAAAGGAAGGAGUGACAGCCAUGCACAAAGUGUUUGACUGGGCCCAGACCUCUAGGAGAGGGUAAGAGGAAAAGAUGUGAUUUGAUGCUGUUAUCAUGGCAAUUCUUCGUGAUUUCAUUUUUUCCGUUGUGCUUUUUUUUUUUUCUUUCAGUCUUCUUCUCUUUGUGGACGAGGCUGAUGCCUUCCUACGCAAACGUAAUCAGGUAAGAAUGUUCUUGGUAAUUGAGAAAACUGCUCAUCACCAAGUCAAUUAAACAGACGUUCAAGCAAUUUUAAACUGAGGAUCGAGAUUUUUCCGGGAUUGCAUUGGUUUUGCCUUACUUCGCCCUGUGAUUGGUCCAAAUAACUUGCGCGACUCUCUCAACCAAUAGGAAGCAAAACUGAAAACAAUCACGACUUGGUCGCCCGCGUUUUCCCGCGCUUUAGGCGGUUUGCUUUUUUUACUUUAAGUUCUCAUUGGCUAUUCUGGGUAUUCUCCUUUUUGGCUGAUGGGCCGUUGUGAUUACUUUGGUUUGGUUUACGUCACUCAAUCCAAAAGCGCUCCAUACCGAAACCAAUAGUAAUUUGGUCACCCGCAUUUUCUGCCCUUGGCGCAACUUAGUAAAAAGGUUUCUUUGACUCUUUAGGAAAAGAUGAGCGAAGACCUGAGAAGCACAUUGAACGCUUUUCUCUACAGAACUGGUGAAUCUUCACGCAAGUAAGCUCUUUCAAAUUUUUCCAAUUUGUUGAUGUUUAAAAAUAACUGCAUGCAGUGAAUUCCUCGAGUUCCUUUUGUUGCAUUCUUUUUAUCACUGAUUGUUAAAUUUCUGCGAUGAUGGUCAGGUGUCACGACUGAAUGAUAUUUAUUCUUUCUUCCUUUAAGUUUACUUGUUUGUUUGUUUUUUUUUCGUACAGGUUCAUGUUAGUUCUCGCUAGUAACCAACCUGACCAGUUUGACUGGGCCAUCAAUGACCGGUUAGACGAGAUGAUUGAGUUUGGUCUGCCAACUCUCGAGGAACGAGUACGUUUAGUCCGGCAGUAUUUCGAGGAACACGUUUUAAAACCGGCCACAACAGGAUCGCGAACAAGGUAAAUUGCCAAGCAACUGGUAAUUUUUGCAGUAGUUGUCAAGAGAGUGUCAGGAAUAGUUCGGGGUUUUGUUAGUUUUGCUUCACUUAGUACCGUGAUUGGUCUUGAGAACUCGCACCAUUCUUUCGACCGAUGAUAUGCAAAGUUGAUACCAACCUGGACUUGGUCAAUCGAGAUUUGCCGCACUACAGCUUGAUGUUUGUUUUUUCUUUGAAUUUCAUCGGCUCCUCGUGGUAUCUCCCUUCUUGUUAGCAGUCUUUACCACUUUGGUUUGGUUUCGCGACACUCAACCCUCAGAAAACGCUCAAUUUUUUUCACAAGUAAUGGCAUUUGUCUUCACAUUUAUUUUCCUGCACAACACUUCCAGCCUCAGUUAUCUCUUUGGUCGGCCGUUUACGUGUUUCCAGUCUAUUUUCGUAUAAUUCUUGAUUUGAUUUUCUUCACUUAUUAGUCGUAUGAAAAUUGCGAACUUCGACUUUAGCAAGAAAUGCCAGCAAAUUGCCGAAGUGACAGAAGGUCUCUCUGGAAGAGAAAUAUCAAAAAUAGCGAUUGCUUGGCAGGUAAGUUUUGAGGAAAUCGCUGGUGAAAUGGUUUUUAUUCAAGUAUCAAAAAUGAAUCAGAAUUUCUUUGGUUUUGUUCUACUUCGCUUUGUGAUUAAUUAGGACAACUCGAGUCACCGUUCAGCUCAACCAAUCAGAUGAAAAACUAAAAGCAGUCGUGAUUACAAACGCGCCUUGGAGCAAUCACCUGUGUUUACUCUGUGUAAUCAUUGGCCAAUAUAAUCUUGAUUUGCCUCAAUUAAUAUUGACUGCAGCUCUCACGUCGUAAUUGAUUUUAAUUUUGUAACACGCAAUUGAAGAGCGCGCAAAAUUGAACCAAGAAAUUCGAUGUUUUGAUUUUGUUUAUGUUUACGUUCAAGUCUGAUUUAGGCUUUUUCUGUCAUUCCAGGCCAGCGCUUAUGGUUCGCCAGAUGGUGUCCUCACAGAGGAUAUGAUGGAUGAAAGAGUGGAAGAAGCUGUACGACAACACAAGCAAAAAGUAGAAUGGCAUCAAACGGAGCCAUUAACUGAAACAACUGCGUCAGUGACCACAACAGAGAAAAAUAAAGCGUCCUCUCCGAAAAGAACUUAAAUUUAACUUAUCUUCAUUAAAUGAUUUGGGAAAUCUUUUUAAUAGAGUGGAGGAAGAAGUGAUAAUUGCAAAAUUUCUGAAUAUUUAUCGUCGGCGACUUCCCUUAUGCUUCAAGUGCCAGGGAGAAGGUUCACUGAUAGGUCUCAUGGGGUGUUUGAACAAUUUAUCAGGAUCUUCCAGUAAGACGAUAAUAGAGAGUGCUGUCUGUGAAUAGACAGUGACGGAAAUGACAUCUCUAACAUUCACUUUUCAUUUUGAUUUUUUUGUUCUCGACAUUUGGCCAGCUGGACAUACUACCUGUUCAGAACACGCGUUUUGAUUGGUGGUCAGCAGUUAGCCUGCGAACUGGCUCUCGUUAUUAGUGUCAGACCUCUUGCACACUUUUCGCCGGCUCACUUUGCCCCAGGCCUUCGCGAGCGAAGGAACGCCCUUGCCGCAACUACCAAGCAAUACCAACACAAGCUAAAGUCAUCGCACAUUUAAUUUGCAGCUCUCCUGAGCGAGAGCGAUGACUCGAUAUCGUUUUUCUAACAGAUCACAGAUUUAUGCUCACACGGACUUAUUGCCGCCCUUUGACAACUGAGCUUAAUAUUAAUAAUUUUAAUGAAGUAAUUAAAUAAAAUUCGUC